AGGACCUCUUCUUUUCUUGAUUUGUAUAAACGGUCUUCCACAACAAGUACCGUUUGACUUAUUACUUUUCGCUGACGAUGUGAAACUUUGGAGAGAGAGAUACGCAACCAAGAGGACAUACUGGCAUUUCAAGUGGAUCUGAGUGGACUUCAAUGUUGUGAGGAUAACAAUGGACUUACUUUCAACACAUCGAAGUGUAAAGUAGUCUAUCUGAGAUAUGUUGCAGAUUGCUCAUACAACUCAGGUGACUCCGCCCUAGAGGUAUCUCGAGUUGAAGAUCUCUUAUUGUAUUAUUAAUUAAAAUACCAGAAUUAUCUAAGACUAUUGCAAAACGUUAUCAUGGUAUACAAUUGUUAAUAAUGAAAUGGUUGAAUCAAUUUACUAAUAAAUCAAAUGGAUUGGUUAGUAAAAAUAUCACAUGGAAACUACACAAACAAUACUGGAUAAGAAUGAAGCUUGUAGACAAUCGUUAAAACAACAAAUUAAUCUAAUCAAUGAAUCGCAAAUUCCUACAACGAAGGAAGAAAAACCAGAGAUGAUAGUCAAUAGAAAGAAAACGCUUGAAAAUAAGAAUAUAAAUGUAAAACAAGCAGCGAUUAUUAUCCAGUCAAAUUGGAGAGGUUAUUCUGAUAGAAUGAAAAUAAAACGUAUGAAUGAAAGCAUUGGAAUUUUACAGCGACAUUUUAGAGAACGUCAAUUGAAAAAAUUAGAAAAUGAGCAACAAAUUCAACUUGAAAAAAAAUCUCAGAUUAUGAUCACAAAGAAUCGUCAUAAACGUUAUCGUGAGAAGUUAGAAACAGAAAUUAAAUUAUGGUCAAGUUUACCUGGUUGUUUAGUUGAAAAUGAAUGGAAUAAAGAACGUGAAUUAGCUGCUAUAUCUAUUCAACGAUAUUAUCGUGGUUACUAUGUACGAAAACAUUUCAAAAAUCAACGAGAUUAUUUAAAACGUGAUAAAGCUGCUAGAAUAAUUCAAUUGAAUUUUCGUAAAUAUUUAUCACGUAUAGAAUGUGCAUCGUCUGGAAAAGGUGUAUCUAACAUAGAUCCAACAGAGGAUAACUUAAUCAAUAAUAAAAAGUUGGAAAUCACUAUGAAGAAAGUUCUCAAAGAACAUCAAAAAUGGUGUGAAACACAUCAGCAAAGUAUGAGACCAAUCAAUCAAUUAGGAGAUGUCCAUAAAGAGACUCAAGUCAAAAUUGAUCAGUAUCGCCGUAAUUAUCGAGUAAACAGUAUUAAAAGUCAAACUAGACAAGUGACAUUAACAAGAAUGAAGAUCGACGCCGAUUUACUGUUGAAUGAGUUCACUGACGAAGAAGAAGAAGAAGAAGAAAAACAAAAAGAUAAACAAUUAAAAAAUGGGAUAAAACUCAAGAAAACAACAACACUAAAUGAAAUAGUUGAUAAACAUAUUGAAAAUUCUGAUUUAACUAAUGCAUUUAGUCAGUUCACUUGUCGAGUUCAACCACUGACACGUUUAGCUCAAAUGGAACAUCACGAUAAAAUGAUAAGAAUGAAUUUAAAUAAAUCAUGGUGGAAUAUAUUCAUGGAUGAAUGGAGAAAGAAACAAGAUGAGUAUAUACUAUCGUAUAAUAAAAAUUGCUCAAAUUUGAUAGAUACCAACGUUACUAAUUUAAAUGUUGAUAAUGAUGAUUUAUCAUGGUUACCUGAUCGAUUUAUUGAAGAAUUGGAAAGUCGGGAUAUUUUUCAAUGGUGA